CCCGCCCCGCCCCUCCCAGUCAGCUGAGCCAAGCGUGUGUGUUGGUUCCCUCUCUUUGGCGCCGUUUUCAAGUUCCGGCUCUGAAGCUCGGGUCAUAGUUGAUCUGUUCGGGAACCUCUUGUCACUGGAGUGAGUUUCCCCUCGGUAUGCUGCUAAGGGUGCGCUCUGGGAACCGGCCUCAGGAAACAACGAGGGAAGGAGCUCCUCUGAUGGAUGCGCCGGGCUGGGAGCGGACACGGGACGCACUUGGGGAGCUGGAGAGAAAUUUGUGCUGCUCCAAAUGUAUGUCUAUACUAAAGGAUCCUGUGUGUUUGGGUGGAUGUGAACAUGUGUUUUGUUGGACAUGUGUGAAUGAGAAUAUUGGGAAUGAGUGUCCACUGUGCAACACACCUGCAUGGGCGUGCGAUGUACAAAUAAACAGACAACUGGACAACAUGAUACAGCUAUGUGCUGAUCUGAGAAACCUGUUGAGUAAGGGCAAAACAGAUGGGCCUUGGAGCAGACAUGAGGGCAUCCAUUCAAAUCAGAAGAAAGUCGGUUCCAUCUUAAUAUUCAGAAAAGAAAACAAAAUGGAUUUAUGUCAGGAUAUGUUGCACAGACUAAACCCUGCUAACGAAAAGCACAAGAAAAAACAAAUAAAGAUGUGGUUUAGCCCACGGACCAGGAAGGUGAGAUGCGUCAUGGAAAAAACAGAAAGGAGCCAACAGUUUUCAUCAAAAACUUGUCCACAAAUGACCUCAUACGAGUAUGUUUCAGAUUCUCCUGAUAGUGAGCCUGUGAAAAAGAAACCUGAUCCAAAACCUAGAAAAAAUAAAAAAUUGAAAGAUAUUAACAGAGAAUGGGGUAUUGAUACAGGGAAUGAAAUAGAUGAGCUAUCUAAUCCAAGCAAGGAACACAAGUCGGGUAAAUCUGUUUCGUUUUGUGGCUCCAUGAUCAUGCAGCAUAGUCCAGAGGUGGUUGUACAAAGCAGCUUGAAGAAUGACACACUGGAAGAAAUAAACCCUCCUAAGAAUCAGUGUGGCCUGGAUGAACCUGUGGAAAUGCAAUCAAACAGUUUGAAAGAAGUGAACUGCCCCAGUCCCAGUGCCACAUUUAAAAACCAAAACAAAGAGGAAAAAACAAAUCCUGUGAAACGCAAAAAAAACUUAACUCCUAUAUCCUCUGCCUCAAAGCGCCUAAGAAGAAGGUCAAGCGAUAUCUUAAAUGAGAGAAGUUUAAAAGCAAACUCACCUGAUAAAGGAACUAAAACAGCGUCUCGGCAUAAAUCUGCUGAAAACACAGAAAGCACGGAGACGGCACAAUGUGAUGCUAAAAUGUGUUCCACUCCUCCACCCCACGCGAAGCAGAAGAAUGGUGGCAAAUCAGGGCAAAAAAUUACAACUGUGCAGAUCUCGCCGAAUAAUUUGACAAAUGUAAAAAGAAACCACAAAGGAGAGACAAUGUUGCAUUUGGCAUCAAUUAAGGGUGAUAUUCAAGGAGUGGAGGACCUUCUUAAGAGUGGGGCAAAUCCUAAUGUGAAGGACAAUGCUGGUUGGACCCCACUGCAUGAAGCUUGCAAUCUUGGACACACGGUGAUUGUUGAGCUGCUGCUUCAGCACCAUGCGCUAGUGAACACUACAGGUUACCAGAAUGAUACACCACUUCAUGAUGCCGUUAAAAAUGGCCACAUUGCCAUUGUCCAGCUGCUAUUGUCUCAUGGAGCUUCCCAGGAGGCAGUUAAUAUAUUCGGUCUGCAGCCUGUAGACUAUGCAGAAACCGAGAAGAUGAAGUCGGUACUGCUGGAAACCCAGACAACGAGAAAUCGACUUUUGUUGCGUCCAUGCCUUGAACCAAGCUCGCACCAGCGGAAAGAAGAAACGGUUGUACUAAUAGCCAGUGGGCUGCUGGCUACUCAGCGUGCCGAUCUGACCAAGCUUGCAAAAACGCUGAAAGCUGAAGUUUGUGCUGAAUAUGAUGGCAAAGUUACACAUGUUAUUGUAAGUGAUGAGCCUCUGCUACGAACCAUGAAAUGCAUGAUGGGUAUAUUAGCUGGAUGCUGGACGCUUCGAUUUGCUUGGGUAAAAGCCUGCCUGGAAUCAUGUGAUCGAGAACCAGAAGAACCAUAUGAGAUUCAUAGUGGACCACACCGAGCACGCCUAAACAAACAGCAGCUGCUGCCCCAGCUGUUGGACGGAUGCCAUUUCUAUUUUCUUGGCUGUUUUAAAGAACACCGUAAAGAAGACCUUGUUGAACUGGUUAAAGCCGCUGGUGGACAAAUCCUUAUUCGUCAGCCUAAACCUGAUAGUGAUGUAACACAAACCAUCAACACUGUGGCGUACCAUGCAGAAGCCGAUUCUGAUCAGCGGUUCUGCACGCAAUAUAUUGUGUAUGACAGAACUUCCAAGUACCGCCCUGAGAGAGUGCGCCAGGGGAAAGUUUGGUUUGCCCCCUCCAGUUGGAUAAUAGAAUGCAUCACCAGCUUCCAGCUCUUACCUGUGCCCCAGUCUUGUUGAAAAAAAUGCAACUGAAUGUUUCAGAUUGAUUGUAAACUAUUGAAUCAAUGGAUAGGAAAAUCAUUUGAUUCUCACCCAAUUCUACUGAUCAGUUUUUUAAAAUGAUUGGACUGACUGAAAGCUCAUUUUAGAUGGUUCUGUAUUUUAAUAUGGAAUGGUAUAAAUAUGUCAGAUAUGUGCAUAUUAAGCAUUGCAGUUUAAUCAUGUAAGUGAUGCAAUACUGUCUUUUUAAGUCCUAAACAAUGCUUCCUAGUCUGAAACUAUGUCUUUCAAAAGGACCUAAUUGUGUCUCUUGUGGCAAAUCUGUGUCUCCUCUGUAUAUACUUUUGUGUGAGUAUACUGGAAAAUGGAAUUAUUUCCAGUUUGUUGGAAGAAGAAUCUAUCUUGUUAUUAUCCAUUGAACAAAAGAGAACAAGAAUUCCUUAUAAAUAGGAUUUUUUUUUUUUUUUUUUUCAAAUUCAAUAAAAUUCCUUCUUGUAGGCAGCACACACAUUUAUACAGUAAAUGAAAGUGUUCUGAGAAGGAUUGUUCAUCGUGCACAUAAAGGUAUAGUCUAAUACACAGCCUAUUUAUAAAGGUGCCAUAUUAUUUUCCAUUUUAGAUAACAAAAUCUCAUCUGUUCCAGGGAACAGUUGAAAGCAAUUUGUUUUGUAUUCCUUAACUCCUAGUUAAAGUCUCUGUUUUGCUGUGUGAGAUGAUGAAAAUUAGAAAUGGGAAAGAAAAUCACUUUUGGCCGGCUGUUAAAAAAACCUCAUUUUCGCUUGAUGCUAGCAAGCAACUCUUUCAUUUAUAAACAAAGGGAAAUAUAUACUUGGGUCAAAACACAACAUUUUAACAAUCCAGUUCUGUUGUGGGGGUAAUUGCAUUUACCUAAUGAGAGUUGCUUGUCUGCUGUCGAAUCCAAACACAAGUCAAAAACUAUAUUGUUGUUAUCUUUCAUUUUCUUUCAAUUAUUAUUCAUACAGAGGCAUGUACUUUGCUGUAAAUCAUCAAAAAGGAGUUGAAAUAAUGACAUUCUGUGGUUUCAAAAAAAAUCAUUGUGGUAUAUUUUGUUUAAUUAUAUAUAUUCAUGUGUGCUCAUGUUUAUUAGUCCAGCCCCCAGGCCACUGAGCAUAAUCUAUAUGGUUCUAUUCAUCUUGCCUGCUAGGUUUGUUUUAGUAAAGCCAUCCCUUAAUUGAGAGCUUUCUAGAUAAUGGGUUUUUGGUUAAGGGAGUCUAAAGGUGCCCGUACACUAUAAGAUCCGCUCGCUUGGCGAUGUCGCCAAGCGAGCGGAUCUUCACCCGAUAUAGGUAGGCGAUAUCGGGUAGCAAGGGACUUAAAAAAAAAAAUAAUCCGAUAGUUUGGCCCUGGGGCCAAACGAUCGGAUUACAUUUGAGCUUAUGGGGCAGUCGGUUCGGGGACCGCAUCAACGAGCCGAUGCGGUCCCCGAUCCGACCGGAUUUCCUAACCUGGCCGAUCGAGAUUUGACCGAUAUCGGCAGCUAUAGUCGGCCCGUGUAUGGGGACCUUUAUGCUUGUGUUUACAUUGUAAUUAACGUGAACUACAGCUUCUAAUACAAAAAUGUAUGUAAAUACUUAAAAAUACACCAAAAAAUAUUGGUGACUUUGCACUUUUUUCAAACACCCCUGCACAAUGCCAUUCCAAAAUAAGUUAGAAGCAUUUCCUUGUUUCACUAUUCAAAUUACAGAACUGCUAUUUCAUAUAAAAUUUACCCCUUUUAGACCUGAAAAAAGCCUAAUAAAAUUUGCAUUGUCGGUGAAUGUGCAUAGCUUACUAAAAUAUUUUUAUCAAAACUGCUCAUUUAAAAAAAAAAAAAAAAUGCAAAGAAGCCAAUAUUUUAGUUAUCACUGUACAUGAAUAUGUGCUUUUGGUAUGAGGAUUUUAGGGUAAGGGAUCCCCAUGCACAAAAACAUUUAAAUGUAAAAUUGUGUCUUAUGCCACUAACAUAGAUUUAUGAUAUGUCUCUCAAUAUCAAUAAUGUCUUAUGCUAUAAAUUAAAGCUGGACAAGACUGGGGCAAUUAAUGCGCAAACAUAAUUGCAAAGUUAUUAUGAUUAUUCACAGUGCAAAUUUCCCUAAAGUUUUUUAGAUAUGGCAUAUUCGCAGAUGGCAAAUAUUUAUGCACAUGCUGGAAGUCAUUUAUAAAGUUCGCGCAUCGCAUAUUUUUUUUUUUGCAAAUGGUUGUUUGCACUUUUCCCCCUAAUUUCUUACAUUUUGCACUGCUGUGCCAGUCUCCUUUUUUUGACAAUCGCAGUAAAGUGCAAAUUGUGCACAAAAUUUCACAAAUUAAAUUCCAUUUUGCAUGAGCA